AUAGCACACGGUUCAACAACUUUGAGGCCACUAAUAUUUUUUCUUUUUUCUAUCUAUUUCUCUCUCUCCUCUCUCUCUACUGCCUGCAAUUGUCAAUCAAAAAAUGGCUUCCAACAUCAGUCUCCCUAGCUUUCAAGGCCCUCUUCUAAAAUCCAAUUUCCUAGGAAGAAAUGACCUCUCUAAUCUGGCCCCCAAGCCUUCUUUCACAGUUCAAAGAAGGCCAUCCACCCAUCACCUGAGAACAUAUGCCAAGUUUAAUCUAUUCGAAAUCUUGGGAGGCAGAGGGCUCUUAAAUGGUGAGCGAGGUGUUGAGAAAGAGCUUACAAGAAACGUCGAAGAACAAGCACCAGCAGCUGCUGGUGAUAAAGCAGAGAAAACAGAGGGAGAAGAAGAAUCAGAAGGUUCGGCAAUUACUGCCAUUGACAGUGCUCAAGAAGCUGCAUUUGAAAAGGAGAUGAUGGGGCUUACUGGGGGAUUUCCUGGUGGCGAAACGGGGUUGCAAAAGUUCAUUGAGAAAAACCCACCUCCCAAGAAACCACCAGCUGCAAACUCUGGAACAACAGCAGCGCUUGUGAGCUCCAAGAAGCCAAAAGCACCUGAGUUGCCAUUGUUACUACCUGGUAUGAUCGCCAUAGUGAGCAAUCCAAAUAACCCAUAUCACAUGUACUGUGGCAUUGUACAGAGAAUCACUGAUGGAAAAGCUGGGGUUCUUUUUGAGGGAGGAAACUGGGAUCGGUUAAUCACUUUUCGACUAGAUGAGCUAACUCGCAGAGAGAAGGGACCACCAGGGAAGAACCCCAGAUCCGCGAUUCUUGAACCGCUCCUUAAAAAGGAUUCUGAAUGAGCCAUUGAGCCAUUCUCUUUAAUUUCUGUAUCAUAAGCAUGUGUACUUAUAUUCCAAACGUGCAAAUAAAGAAAUUCCUAGCUCAUAUGAAAAUCUCUUUAU